AUGGCCAUUUACUCACUUUUCUUGAUGACCAUUUCUGUCUUUGGGGUGGUGUCUAGCCCAUGUUUCCGCAAUGAGCAGUCCUUGUUGCUGCAAUUGAAGAACAAUCUUACGUUUAAUUCUACUAUGUCCACUAAACUUGUUAAGUGGAAUCAAAGUGCUGAUUGUUGCUCUUGGGAAGGCGUAACCUGCAACGAGGGCCGUGUUAUUGGUCUCGACCUGACCAACGAAUCCAUCUCGGGUGGACUCGACAAUUCAAGCAGCCUUUUCAGCCUUCAGCAUCUCGAGAGCCUGAGUUUGGCUUAUAACGACUUCAACUAUUCUCAUGAGAUUCCAUCAGAGUUUGACAAGCUUGCGAAUUUGAGUUAUUUGAAUCUCUCAUUUGCUUACUUUACAGGGCAGAUUCCUAUUGCGAUUUCGCGCUUGACAAGGUUGGUUACUCUUGAUUUAUCUUUCAAUGACCUUCAUCUUGAGAAUCCAAAUUUUAAAGUGUUGAUUCAAAACCUUUCGGAGCUUAUGGAACUUAAUCUUGAUGGUGUACUUAUAUCAGCUCCAGGUAAUGAGUGGUGUCGGGCAUUAUCAUCUUCGCUCCCAAAUCUGAGAGUGUUGAGCUUGUCAUACUGCAAUCUUUCAGGCCCGAUUGAUUCCUCCUUGCGGAAUCUUCAUUCCCUCUCAAUUAUUCGUUUGAAUGAUAACGACUUUUCUGCUCCAGUUCCAGAAUUUUUUGCAGAUUUCAAAAAUUUGACUUCCUUGAAAGUCAGUUAUUCUGGGUUUGAUGGAAAAUUUCCGGAAAAAAUCUUCCAAAUUCCAACGCUACUAACUCUUGAUUUGUCAAGUAACUUUCUCCUUGAAGGUUCUUUGCCAGAAUUUCCUCCAAAUGGAUCUCUUCAAACCAUGAAUCUUUACAGAACAGGUUUUUCUGGGACAUUACCAUCUUCUAUCGGUAACCUUAAAAUGUUGUCAACAGUAGGUCUUGGGAGUUGCAAUUUCAUUGGAUCAAUUCCAGACUCAAUGGCGAGCCUCACGCAAUUGAAGUAUUUGGAUAUCUCAAACAACAAAUUCAGUGGAUCAAUUCCAAAUUUCAGCAUGUGCAAGAAUCUGACUACUGUAAGGCUUUAUAAUAAUUAUCUGUCAAGUGAAAUUAUUUCCACUCAGUGGGAAAAACUUUUGAAUCUUGAGAGUUUGUUGUUGGGUGACAAUUUACUGAAUGGGAAUAUUCCAGAUUCUCCAUUUUCACUUACAUCAUUGCUAAUGUUAGAUCUUUCCUAUAAUCAAUUUUCUGGUCAACUCAAAGAAUUUUCCAACGCUUCUUCCUUCUUGGAAUACCUUUAUUUGGAUAACAACCAUUUGGAAGGGCCAAUACCCAUGUCUAUCUUUGAACUCCAUGGUCUUCGAUAUCUCUCGCUUGGUUCAAACAAAUUUAAUAACUCCCUGAACCUUAGUGUGAUUCAGCAGUUAAAAAAUCUUUCAUACCUUGAUCUUUCUCACACCAGCUUGUUAUCUGAAUAUAAUGAUUUUAACUUUUCGUUAUCCUCUGUUCCCCUUGACAAAUUAAUUCUCGCUUCCUGCAAGUUGAAAAAAAUUCCUGAUUUCUUGAGAAACCAAUCCUAUUUAUUUUAUCUAGACCUUUCACACAACCAGAUCUUUGGAGAGAUGCCCAACUGGAUCUGGAAACUUCCUAAUCUUUCUUACUUAGAUCUCUCUUACAAUUUUCUAGUGACUUUGGAAGGACCUAUCCUCAAUGUUUCUCUUUUUAGCCUACAUCUUCGCUCCAAUCAACUCCAAGGGCAGCUCCCAAAUAUCCCGCAUGUUGAAUACUUGGAUUUCUCAGAGAAUAGUUUGGAUCCCUCCAUUCUAGCUAACAUCAGUUGGUCCCUUCCUUCCGUUAGAUCCAUUUUUCUUUCAAGUAAUAAAUUGAAUGGGAGCAUCCCUGGAUCAAUAUGCAAUGCUACAUAUUUUGAAGGUCUAGAUUUGUCUAAUAAUUUCUUCAGUGGCACAAUUCCCCAGUGCUUGAUUGAGAUGAGUGGUUCACUUAAUGUGAUAAAUCUAAGGAAAAACAACCUCAUUGGCAUAAUUCCCGAUGCAUUUCCAGAUAAUUGUGGUUUACAAACUUUAUCUCUCAAUAAAAACCAACUAGAAGGAGGGUUACCAAAAUCUUUGGCCAAUUGCAUUGGGUUGGAGGUCUUGGACAUUGGGAACAACCACAUCGAGGGUACGUUCCCAAUUUACUUGAAGAACACAUCCUGGUUGAGCGUUCUUGUUUUGCGAUCUAACAAAUUUUACGGAUCCAUUACUCAUCUAGAACUUAAUGUCACUUGGCCAUGGCUUCAAAUUGUAGACAUAGCUUCAAAUAAUUUUACUGGUAACCUUCCAAUAAUACUUCUUUUGUCUUGGACAUCAAUGAUGGAUCGUGGGCAUGGGGUGGGCGUGGGGAGUAAUUACCUUGCAUAUAUCGGUAAUUUUUCUUAUCAAGAUACGGUAACAAUUAUUAGCAAGGGUUUAGAGAUGGAGCUGGUGAAGAUUCCAACUAUCCUCACCACCCUUGACUUCUCUUGUAACUACUUUGAUGGUCCUAUACCUGAAGAAAUUGGAGAACUCACACUGUUACAUACUCUCAACCUGUCGCAUAAUGCUUUCACAAGCGAAAUUCCACCAUCUUUGGGAAAAUUGAGUCAUCUUGAGUCACUAGACCUAUCAAACAACGAGCUUUCUGGUGAGAUUCCCGUGCAACUCGCCAAUGGAUCUUCCCUCAACUGUGUCUUAGAAAAGAACAUCAUCAAAGACAGGCAUUCAGAAAUCAAGAGCCGAGGCAUUAGUUAUGGUUAUGAGGCGCAACACCUCCAGGAGCAAGGCUUUGUAAGAGAAUCUGUAAGGCUAGAUGUUAGAGUUUUCAACUUCUAUAAGGAUGAAGACAAACUUCCCCCAAGUGCUAGUGUGUGA